AUGCCACAAAGGGUUUUUCAUGUAAGAGAGGUUCAUUUUGAGCUUGUUGUUGAUCGUAUUAAAUUGUCCCUCAAAAAACCUGACAUAGUGACUGCCACUGUUGUCCACUGUGCUGCCUUGAAGAUAGGUGCUCUAGCUUAUCUUCCAGCUUCAACAUCUUUAUUCACUCUUUAUUCCAAAGCUGGAGACUUUACCUCUUCUAGGGCUUUAUUUGAAGACAUUCACAACAGAGAUGUUAUCUCUUGGAAUGCUAUUAUUUCAGCAUCUCUCGAAAACAAAUGCUAUAAAACAGCAGUGGAGUUCUUUGAGAAAAUGAUCAAGGACCAAACUAGGUUUGAUUCCACCACUCUAUUGCUUAUGGUAUCAACUUUGUUUCACAUGAAAAACUUUGAUCAAGGAAAGGCGAUUCAUUGCGUGAGCAUAAAAUCUGGGAUGCUUGUGGAUAUCAGUUUGUGCAAUGCUCUUAUUAACAUGUAUGCUAAGUGUGGUGACCUAAACUCUUCUGAUUCUGAGUAUCUAUUUGAAGAGAUGGAAUAUAAAGAUGUUGUUUCAUGGAACUCGAUAAUGAGAGGAUGUCUUUACAAUGGCGAUCCGGAGAAGUCGUUGUGUUAUUUCAGAAGGAUGAUUUUUUCUCAAGAAACGGCAGACCAUGUCAGCCUUUCUUGUGCUAUUUCGGCAUGUUCGAGUUUGGGAGAAUUGAAUUUUGGAGAAUGCAUUCAUGGUCAAGGAAUCAAACUGGGAUACAAGGAUAGCUCUCAUGUUUCGGCCGCAAACUCUCUCAUUUCGUUUUAUUCACAAUGUGAGGUCAUCGAUGUUGCAGAGAGUGUAUUCAGAGAAAUAGCUUACAAAGAUAUUGUUUCUUGGAAUGCAAUGAUAGAAGGAUAUGCUUCAAAUGAAAAUAUUCAUGAAGUAUUUGAUCUUUUGAUUGAAAUGCAAACUACAGGAUCUUUCGAUCCUGAUAUAGUAACAUUAACUACCAUACUUCCACUUUGUGCAGAACUAAUGCUUUCCAGAGAAGGAAGAACUAUACAUGGAUAUGCAAUUAGAAGACAAAUGUUAUCUGAUCAUCUUCCUUUGCGGAACGGUCUUAUAGACAUGUAUUCGAAGUGCAACCUUGUCGAGAAAGCCGAGCUCUUGUUCAAUUCUACAAAAGAGAGAGACUUGGUCUCAUGGAAUGCAAUGAUAUCUGGCUAUUCCUUGAACAAAUAUUUUGAAAAGGCUCAAAAUUUGUUCAAAGAACUGCUAUGUUGCAGUCCAAACUGCAGCUCGUCGACUGUUUUCUCCAUUCUAUCUUCCUGUGACUCACCAAAUAGUCUCAACUUUGGAAAAUCGGUUCACAGCUGGCAAUUAAAAUCUGGUUUUCUGAACCACAUUCUCUCGGUAAAUUUUCUCAUGCAAAUGUAUAUCAACUGUGGAGACCUAAGUUCUGGUUUCUCAAUUUUGCAAGAGAAUUCUUCUAUAGCAGAUAUUGUUUCAUGGAACACUACAAUUGUAGGCUGUGUAAGAGGUGACCAUUUUCAAAAGGCUUUAGAGACUUUCAUGUUAAUGAGACAAAAACCUCAUUUCAACUAUGACUCCAUAACCCUUGCAAAUGUUUUAUCAGCCAUUGCAAACAUGGAAUUACUCAACCAAGGAAAGUCUCUCCACAGCCUUGCUGUUAAAUCUCCUUUCGGGUUGGAUACCCGUGUUCAGAACUCCUUAAUUACCAUGUAUGACAGAUGCAGAGACAUCAACAGUGCUAGAAAAAUGUUUAAAUUCCAUUCUAGUUCCAAUCUAUGCACAUGGAACUGCAUGAUCUCAGCUUUAUCACAUAACAAGAAAAGUAGAGAAGCAUUGGAACUAUUCCGUUGUCUUCCUUUUAAACCGGAUGAGUUCACGAUCGUUAGUAUUCUCUCCGCGUGCACUCAAAUUGGUCUUCUAAGAUGCGGAAAACAAGUUCAUGCCUACACGUUCAGGUAUGGAUAUCAAAAAAAUUCUUUCAUAUCAGCAGCUCUUGUAGAAAUGUACAGCAACUGUGGAAGACUGGACAAUGCUAUCCAAGUAUUCAGACAUUCGACGAAGUCAGACUCAGCUUGGAAUUCAAUGAUUGCUGCAUAUGGUAAUCAUGGAAAUGGAGAAAAAGCUAUCAAACUCUUCCAUGAGAUGUGUGAGUCACGAAUUAAAGUGACCAAAAGCACAUUUGUUAGUCUUUUAUCUGCAUGCAGCCAUUCCGGAUUCGUGAGCCAAGGACUUCGGUACUAUGAAUCUAUGUUGGAGAAAUACGGCAUAAAACCUGAGGCUGAGCAUCAAGUUUAUGUGGUUGACAUGUUAGGAAGAUCUGGUAAAAUUGAUGAGGCUUAUGAGUUUACAAAAGGGUUACAAUCCAAUGCAAGUUCAGGUGUAUGGGGAAUGCUUCUGAGUGUAUGCAACUAUCAUGGAGAAAUUAAGUUGGGAAAAGAAGUUGCUGAACAUCUCUUUAAAAUGGAACCUGAAAAUGUUGGAUAUUAUAUAUCAUUGUCAAAUAUGUAUGUUGCUACAGGAAGCUGGAAAGAUGCUACUGAAUUGAGACAAUCUAUCUAUGACCAAGGAUUAAGAAAAUGUGCAGGCUAUAGUCUUAUUGAUGUUGGUUUGGGAUAA